CCUGGUAAAUAGAGGUGUUUAUUUAGAGCAGCAGCCUGGGAGACACUGUUCUAUUACAGCAGCCUUUCUGCUAAAGGAAGCAAGCAUAUCACCUACCCUCUGGUAAUGUGAUUUGAAGAUGCCAGCCCCUUGGCAAAUAUGCUGUGAUAAAAAGUCCAGAACUAGAAAUGCAAAAGCUGAAAUGGACAAUAUGGCAGAGACAAGUGAAAAAAUGCAGAUGAAAAAAGAAAUCACGUUACUAAAUGGAGUUUCCUUAAUUGUAGGGAACAUGAUUGGCUCUGGCAUAUUUGUAUCACCCAGAGGUGUUUUAAUGUACAGUGCUUCCUAUGGACUCUCACUCAUCAUCUGGGCACUUGGUGGGAUUUUUUCCCUGUUUGGAGCUUUGUGUUACGUUGAACUGGGAACAUCCAUCGUGAAAUCUGGAGGCAGUUAUGCCUAUAUUCUUGAGGCAUUUGGGGCCUUUGUGGCCUUCAUCAGACUCUGGUCUUCCUUGCUAAUUAUUGAACCAACAACUCAGGCAGUGAUAGCAAUCACAUUUGCUAACUAUAUUGUUCAGCCAAUUUUCCCCCAUUGUGAACCGCCGUAUGAUGCAGUCAGGUUGAUUGCAGCUGCAUGUAUAUGUUCCUUAACGUUAAUUAAUUGUGUUAAUGUAAAGUGGGGUACCCGUGUACAAGAUGUUUUCACAUAUGCAAAAGUUAUGGCUCUUAUCUUGGUGAUAUCUGUUGGUCUUUACAAAAUUGGUAAAGGGGAAACGGAAAACCUGAGAGCUCCAUUCGAGGGCUCAGCAACAAACCCAGGGAUGAUCGCCCUGGCUCUCUACUCUGCCCUCUUCUCCUACUCAGGAUGGGACACACUCAACUAUGUCACCGAGGAAAUGCAGAAUCCUGAGAGGAACCUACCUCUUUCUAUUGCAAUUUCAAUGCCUAUUGUAGCUAUUAUUUACUUAUUGACUAAUGUAGCAUACUAUGUAGUGUUGGACAUGUCAGCUCUCCUCACAAGUGAUGCCGUGGCUGUGACAUUUGGAGGUGAAACCCUUAGUCAUGCCAAGUGGAUAAUUCCUAUAGCAGUGGCCAUGUCUUGCUAUAGUGGCUUAAACUCAUCAAUUAUUGCAGCAUCUCGGCUUUUCUAUGUUGGAGCCAGGGAAGGACACCUCCCUGUCAGUCUGAGCUUGAUUCACGUUAAGUGCUUCACACCCGUCCCUGCUCUCCUGUUCAAUGGCUUAAUGACUUUGCUUUAUCUACUUGUGGAAGAUGUUUUCCUCCUUAUUAAUUACUACUGCUUCAACUACUGGCUCUUUGUGGGUUUAUCUAUUGCAGGACUAAUAUAUUUGAGAUAUACUCAACCACAUAGACCACGGCCUGUUAAACUUAGCCUCUUCUUCCCUAUAGUAUAUUGUCUAUGUUCCCUAUUCCUGGUUAUAGUGCCUCUCUACAGUGAUACAAUCAAUUCCCUAAUUGGUGUUGGUAUUGCCCUCUCAGGCAUACCUGCAUAUUAUUUGGGAGUCUAUCUGCCAGUUGAAAAACGACCUAAAUGUCUACUGUGGCUCUCUGCUACAACAACGAAGUAUGUUCAGAUGCUCUUCUACUGUGCUCUGUCAGACCUGGACAUAGACGUGGAGCCCACAGCAGCCAAGAGUAAAUAGAGUUUCCUCAGUGUUGAGAAUUGUGCCUUGAUAUCUCCUAUCUGGAACAAUUUUUAUCAUCUGAAGUUCUCCCCAAAUGUUCAGUCAUACUGGAGCACUAAGCACUGUCCUGUGCAUCAGUCUGAUGCCAGUUAAGUUGUGAUGGUUUUACAAAACACUAUGUUUUCCAGGAUUUCUUUGUAAAAUUCUGUUUGUUAAUAGUGAGUUAUCAUGUGACAUUUUGAAGCUAUAAAGCAAUUACUGAACAUUUAUUAGUAGUUAAGUGCUAAAUAUUAAAGGCAAAAGAAAAGUAAAAAAUAUUAGAUCAGAUCUUUGAAAGACUCAAAAACUGAGUUUGAAAGCAGAAACCAUAGUGUUCAUCUAAAAAUAUAGCUAAAUUCUUAGCCAAAGUGAAAAAAAUAUAUAAUUCUUGCUGGUAGACAUGCUUUAAGUCACUGUAAUAUUCAUGUUAAAGUAUCCUAAUGCAUAGUUCCUGGCAUACAUAGUUUACCAAAAGCAGACAACCAAAGGGUUUGGUCAUUUAAGCUAAGUGUGAGAAAUUCUAAUUUGAUGACAGUCCACAUUCAUUACUCAUUUGUAGGAAAGGUAUUUCCAACAAACAAAUGAUACCAUUGUACAGAAGUACUUUUGCUUUCCAGCAGAACAUUCUGCCAUGGCACAGAAGGCACUGAGUCACAUUCCAGCUAGUGUAUAUUCAGGGAAAACACUUCACCUUCUCAGACUGUCCUUUGCUUGCUUAGAAGUAUAAGAAGUGUGAUCCCAUUAAUCAUACUGAUUUUUCCACAGCAGAACUUACUCAAGAAAUUCACAAGAACAAAUUAAAAACUGACAUUUUUCAAAAUUCCUUGAGCCCCUUCCUAACCCUUGAGACCUCAGCAGUUUCUGCUGGACAAUGUAACCUGCAGCUCUCCUACUGAGCACACAGGGAGCCUCUGGAUGGGUCUUCACACCACACAGGUGCCUGGUGCACAGACACUUGCAAUGGACAAGUGGUCCAUUGGACCACAUCAGUGGGUGCCAUGAAAGAAAAGGGCAGUUAAGAACUAGGGAUGUUCUCUUGAAUGCUGCAUUUUUCAGGGUGACACACAAGAAUGAGCAACUAGUCCUAAUUCUUGGCCUCCUGAAAUGGAAAAUCUAAUAAAUGUUGUUAGGAAACCAGUCUUGCAACCUAGACCUUCAAAUUCUUCAGCUCUAAUGGUUUGCUGAUAUGCAGUACCAUGCACAAUCCUUGUUGGCAAGUCAUACCUCCUUUCUGGUUUUAUAUUUAAAUGUAACAUAUAUUGUUCCUAAUUUGAAUUUCACCAUUCCUCUUCAAUUAACCUUAACUAAGGUAAUUUAAUCUUAUAUAAGCCCAUGUAGCUUCUAAAACUGUUGUGUAUUAUUGAUGUCUGCUCAGAGAAAGAGCAGUGGAACAGGCAAUUUUUACUAUUUAAGCCUCUCUUCACUCCCUCCCCACACUGCAAAGUCAUUUGGAAGAUUGUAAUUUCAUGCAUCUGGGGUGUAGUUUAGUUUGCUCAGCUCAGAACCACGUACUCUUCACACUCAACACACGUCUCUGGUACAGUAUAGCACCACUGUGAUCCUGCCCUAUGAUUGCAGAAAUUCUGCAUUUUCACCUCAUCUCUUACAAAGCACUGGUUGGUGACAGAGCUGUGGUCCAGAGACAAAGAGAGAGUACAAACCCUCCAGCACAAAGCUGACCCUCUGCCUCCACAGAGUUCAAAGUCAUGCUGGGUACUGAGCCAUGUCACACCAAGACAGCACUGUACCAUCCUCUGAAGUUUUCCAAUGCAGGACCAAAGUUUCUAAAUUAUUUGGGUCACCUGAGGUGACAUCUUAGGUGGUAACAAGCAGGCAUUACAGGAAUGCAAUAAGAGCUAUGAAAUAUGAACAUUUCCAAACAGAACUCUGAGCUGAGAAACUCCUUUCAUUGUCAGUUCUUUGCCAAAACCUUUUUUUGGCACGACUCUGUGCAUUUGUUCUGGCUGGGGUAGAGUUAAUUUUCCCCACAGCAGCCCUCAAGGAUGUGCUUUUCAUUGCUGGCUGGAAAGGUGUUGAUAACACACCAGUGCUUUGGCUAUUGCUGAGCAGUGCUGGCACAGCAUCAGCGCUGUCUCCACAACAUUCCACUCCCCAUCAGUAGGCUGGGAAGAUCCUGGGAGGGGACACAGCUGACCCAAAUUAACCAAAGGGGUUUUCCAUACCGUAUGACAUCAGCUUAGAAAAGCAGGAGGAAGGUGGGGCAUUUGUUGGUUUCAAAGUUUGCCUUCUGGAGAAAUCACUACCCAUGCUGAAGCCCCACUUCCCAGGAUGUGGUUGGACAAUGCUCUCUGAUAAAAAAUAAAGAUUAAAAUUAAUUUUAUCCCUCUUUGUUUGUGCACACACAAACUUUUUCUUUUGCUUUAGUAAACUACUUUAUCUCAACCUACAAGUUGUUUUCUAUCUUAUUUUCUCUUCCCUGUCCCAUUGAGAAGGGGGAGUGAUGGAGCAGAUCCAUGGGCACUGGGAAUCCAACAAAGGUCAACUCAGCACAGCCUUUUGACUUUCUGGGCAUGAUGCACAAGCCUUUGUUUUGUUUCUGGACAGAAGAAAAGUAAUAGAUACAAGUUUAUAAAUGUAAAUAAAAGUACUGAAAUCUCUGGAUGUUGGAAUCUCAGAAAUGUUAAUGUGAUUGUUGAUUUUUCACUCCUUACAAAUAUAAGUUAUUGUCAAAUAUCUAAAGCAAGUCAUAGAUGCUGAAAGUGUUUAGACAAAUAAACAUUUGAUUCUUGGCAAAUGCUA